ACGAAGGCGCACCGAAGUUUCCGUCGUCUCUCGAAGAGGGACUCUCGGUACGUCCGUUAUCCGAUCCGCGCGCAGUUGCUGGUGCGCGGCUAGGGGGUCGGUGUUUCCGUGUCACGCGCACGACCCCGCAAAGUGUGUAUGUGCGUGCGUGCGUGCGUGCGUGCGUGCGUGGUACGACUGCCCGUCCGCGUUGCAGGGCAGCCUGUUCGCGCGACGAUAAACGCGGGAUCGUGUAUCGAAGUUGGCUGAAAAAAGGAAACGAAACCAAGUAAAGAAGAAUAGGGGAGAGAAAGAGAGAGAGAGAGAGUGAGAGAGAGAGAGAGCGAAAGAGGAAGGGAGGGGGAGAUAAAUCGAAGACCGAUUUCGAGGUUUCUCGAAUCGCGAUCACGACGCUGCGCCACCGUCGUUGUGCAGGGGACGUAUCUGGUUCGGGGGCGCGAAAAGUGGAUUCGUCGGAUUUUGCUUGGAAAGUCAGGAACGCCGCCCCGUCACUCUCCUUCUUUCCACACGCCAGUACUCUCCACCCUCAACGUCUUUCUAUCGUCUCUAAAGUUUUCUUUGGUUGUCGCGUUAACGUGGUUGCAGUGAAAAAGGCGCGCGCGUAUAUCGAUACGACUGGUCCCCCUAGAUUUGCCCGUUGUCUCGCGCGUGCAACCCUUUUUUCAACGACGCGAUGCGAGAUAGAGAGUGAGUCGACGCGACAGUAACAACGCGUUUUCGUUCUCCAAGGUGCGCCACCUUGAUGCGUGGAGACGGCACGGUGCCACGAGGAGAAUACCGACGAGCCCAUCGACGCGUAGGCCGCAGGAGACGUAGUCAUCGCGGAUCGAAGGAUCCUACCGAGUGAUAAAAAAGGAAGAAGCGGCGAGGAGAUCGUAGAGUGGUGCGGCGCUGAACCGAUCGGACGCGUUUUCCGUCCGUUUUCCGUCGCUGGUCUAGUGCGCCGCGUAUCGAAACGGCUCGAGUGGAAUCGUCGAGUUCGCGAGGAGGUGGUUGGUCGAGGAAUCGCGAACGAAUCGAGGAAGGAGAAAGAAGAAGAAGAGGAAAGGAAGAUUGGUGUGGCGAGGCUGCGAGGUUACGGGAAAGAAACGGGACGAGUCGAUGUGCAAUUGAUAAGGAGGUGAAAUUCAACGGUCUGCUGGUCGUCUAUCGUUCACAGAGUUCUCGUCGUCACGGUGUAGAGGAGCCGUGCGCGCGCUCAGCCGCGCGCGCGCGCGUCCUCAUACGCGCGGAUCCUGGUGCGCGUUAUCAUCCCUCAAGGAUACCAGAUAUAACCUCACUUUCCUGACCAACCAAGGAAUUUUACGGUGACUCGUGUUUUUAAUUUGCGAAAUAGGGGCGGCCGGUGAAGCGGAAAAAAGGAAAAGAGAGAAGGGAAGGAAGAGGAAGAAAAGAAGAAAAGAAGAAACGAAGAAAAUAAGAAAAUAAGGAAGGGGUUGGUGGUGGAUUAGGUGGAUAAGGUCGGGGUCGUUGUCGGUUUCGGUGUCGGUGUCGGUGUCGGUGCGGUUGGGGGUGGAUUCGGUAAAAUUUCGGCUGGAACGUAAAGAAGCGCAACGAGGUCAGUGACGGAAGGUUAGGUAAGAGGAUCGAGGAAAGGUGGGUACUCGGCUGCCCGCCCGUACCAGCUCGGGGUGUGUCCAUGAAGUCCACGCAAUGGCAAGAAACGAGCGAACCGAACACGGUUCCGCGUAGCCCUUCAGCAUCGUGGCCGUUUGAGUCUUUGUUGGCGCGGUGGGACGCGUUGCCGCGUCGCCGGCAAACGUGAUCAUCGGUGAGGAGCAGAGGGUAGGAAGAAAACGGAGGACAGCGGGGCGUUUAGGAUGCAGCAUGAACCUCGGUGCCCCGUAUCGGGAGCUGGUGGUGAGCCUCGGAAGGAGGAGUACGGUGUGCAGGUGCUUUCACCGAUCGAGAGAUCGCGGCUAUCCGUUGUCUCCGACGCGGUGGUCCUCGCUGCCGCGAUCGCGGUCGCGGUCGCCGUUGCCGUCGCCGUCGCAGUCGCCGUCCUGGUCAACGUGGUUGGCACGGCAGCAAUCGCAACAACAGCAACAGCAGCAGCAACAGCAGCGACAGCAGGAAUCGUCGUGCUCGCGGUAUUUACCGUCACCUUGCUGCUCGACAAUUGCCAUUACUGGCCUGGUUACCGUGUCGCGACAACGUCGGAAGUGGCGGCCACCUGGCAGGAGAGCGUACAGAAUCGAAUCAGGAGGGAAACAGCGAGGAAUCAGGAUUUCGAUCGGCAUCGAGAUCGGUAUCGGGAUCGGGAUCGGAAGAACGGAGGGGGCGAAAACGAGACAAAAGGUGUUCUUCAACACGAGGAAGUGCAGGUGGUACAGGUGGUGCAGGUGGCGGGGUUGGAGAAAAAGGAGAAAACGGUGGAUAUUUGGCUGCGUCGGCGGCGGCGGCAACGGUGGCACGAGACUUCCGGCUGCGUGGAACGCGCGGUCACGCGGUUCUUGUUGCCGCUAUCGCUAUCGGUAUCGGUAUCGUCAUCCUCAUCGUCGCGCGAUUUGUCGUUCGGCGAGUUGGCCGCCGUUCCUACCGUUUCCGCAACCGACGCUCUAUUGCGUCUCGAGAUCGGAUUACGCGCGGCGAUCGCAUCGGUCUUCACGGAUCGUCGAGGAGAUCGUGGAGGGAAUCGCCUGCUCCAGGGGGACUUCUAAGGGCCCCGCCGACCCGGGCCGCUCGGACAGCUGUCACCUGGCUAUCGGCUCCGGGAUACCUACGAGCGGGGCUGACACCAUUUACGAGCCGUCUCGAACAGAAGAUCGUCUCGACCGUCGUCCGCAGCGAAUCCGACUUCUCGCUGUAUUCGUUCGGAUUCGAUCCUCUGUCUAUCGGAUAUUCCGCGAACACCGAAUUUCGGACGGAUACGGAUAUCGGAUUCGUCGAGGUACCACGCACAUCGUCGCCAAGGCCGAGAGAAGUACGCCGGCAACGAACAGGGAAAAGAAAACCGAGAGGAGAAGAAUCGAAAGGAGUACAGGUGGAUCGAAAGAAAUCCUGGAUCCUUGCUGGCAGCGAUGCAGGCCCUUAUGCGAUCGAUCGACGAGCACAAACUCGAUUGCAACAGCAAGAAAACAUUUGGUACCGCGAAUCCGGAUCGUCCUCGGCACCGACAUCGACGAAACAGCGAGGCGGAGAAAACGGAAGAGGCUGGACCGCGUGGUGGCUGUGCGGCGUGGAUCGUCGACGCGGACGAUCCUCGGGACGAAGCAGGAACCCUAGCGU